AUGGCGGAGAUAUUGACCGAGCAGAUCGAAGCUCUAAAAGAGAGCAAACACCACCCCAAAAAAACAAAACACACAGUGACGGCAGAUAGCAAACAAGAAGAUGGCCAGGAGAAAGCGAAACUGCCCAAAGGAAUGAUACUAGAUAAGGACGGCAAGCCGUGCCGUACCUGCGUCUCCAUCGCUGACUGGCGCGCCCUCAUGAAAGGAAAAUCCCAAUCAUCCGCCGCCACCUCUUCCUCCAACCCCAACACCCCCAACACCACGACAACCACCCAAGACCAAACCACAACGGCAGCCUCCACCAUAGCCCUACCCACGGACUGUCCCCCCGACGUCGAAACCCUAGGCCGUAGCACCUGGACCCUCCUUCACAGCAUGACAGCCACCUACCCAAAAACCGCCACCCCACAGCAGCAAAAUGACAUGCACAGCUUCCUCACGCUAUUCGGAAAACUAUACCCAUGUUGGGUAUGUGCGGAAGAUUUCCAUACCUGGAUGAACGAGCCCAGUGGCGCGAAUAAGCCCCGGUUAAAAACGAGGGCGGAGUUUGGGAACUGGAUGUGCGAGGCGCAUAAUGAAGUUAAUCGUAAGUUGGGGAAGAAGGAGUUUGAUUGUAGGAAGUGGGAGGAGAGGUGGAGGACUGGGUGGAAGGAUGGGAGGUGUGAUUGA